AUGGUGGCGGAACUCGUCGGCCGGGUGCGGGAGCGGACUACGGCGGGACGUCUGCUGGGUCACUUCUGUGGCUCGGAGGCCCCGACGAACGUCAGCUCAACCGGUUCAAUGAUGGUUCGGUUCCAUUCGAAUGAGGCAGGCACGGGGUCCGGCUUCCUGGCCGAAUUCGCCACAGCCCGCCGCAUGGACCUGUCGGGACCGUCCGGUGCGAUCGAGUCGCCACUGUUCCCCCUGCAGUACCUGCAGCGGAGCCAGUUCUCCUGGAGCAUCACAGUUAACAGCAGCCAGUAUAUCCAGAUCCGGUUUGUCAUGGUGCAGGCGGACCUGGACCCCAUCGACGGCGGAUGCCACAGCUACAUUCAGGUGUAUGACGGGCCGGACCGGUCGGCGCCGCCCCUGGGCGAGCCCGUCUGCGGCAUGGACCUACCCGAGCCACUCGUCUCCUCCUCCAACGAGGUGCUGGUCCACUUCGUCAACCGACCGCGCUACUCGGGCUCGCGCUUCAAGCUGCGCUGGCAGCAGCUGAGCCAGCGGCCUCCGCCCGGAGACGUUGCGCAGUCCGGGGCCGACUCCUGUGCGUACACGCUGUACCUGGCCGAGGGCAACCGUACCGACAUCACCUCGCCCAGCUUCCCGGGCGGCUACAUGGGCAACCAGUUCUGCAGCUGGACCAUCAGCUCGGAUCCGCACAGGCGUGUUCAGCUGCGCGUCAACACCGUCGACCUCUUCAACUACUUCCAGUGCACCUCGGACAACAUCACCGUCUACGACGGUCACCAGGGGACCGCUAACUGGGUCCCGCUGGCAACACUCUGCCGCCGCUCUGAAGGCGGCACGACCCUGGCGGCUAGCGGGAGCCUGCUGAAGCUCGAGUUCGCCGCGAUGCCCUUCUACCGGCGUCACACGCAGGCCGGCUUCAACGUUACCGUCGAUACGGUGUGCGGCGGCUUCCUGACCGACCCGAAUGGGGUGGUGAGCAGCCCCGGCUUCCCGGCACGACACGAGGGCAGGCUGACCUGCGAGUGGACGCUGCUCGUGAGACCCGGCCGCACCAUCCUGGCCGAGAUCACCGACCUCGACAUCCCCGGAGACUCGUCAUGUCCCCAACGGAUACGUUGUGGGUGCCGACAGGCGUACGUGGAGGUGCUGGACGGCGGCACCGAGCUGGCGCCUAGCCUGGGCCGCCGGCACUGCUCGGACAGGCGACCGCCCACCAAGACCACCUCCGGCAACGCCGCCUUCAUCAACUACUACACCAACGCCACCGAGCCGCGCAUGGGCUUCAAGGCGCGUGUGUCCAUCGCAACCUGUGGUGGUACCUACUACGGCAGAAGGGGCUCGUUGACAAUAUCAAGAAAUGCAUACACCACAAACAGGAACUGCAGCUACCACAUCAUGGGACCCUCGGGCCACUAUAUGCGUCUGUGGUUCCGAACACUGGACCUUGAGAGCAGUCCCAACUGCACCAGGGACUACGUCGAGAUGCGCGACUUCAACAGCACAGGCGAGGUGCUGGGUCGAUUCUGCGGCAGCGAACGUGGUAGCGGCGUGGCAACCUCGGCCAAUUCCGUCCACGUGACGUUUGUAACGGACGCUCACCAAACGGACAACGCGGGCUUUCUUAUGAGGUUCCGGGCCAGCAUGGAAGGUUGCGGUGGCUGGCGGUACGACUCGGCCGGCGAGCUCAGCAGCCCAGGCUACCCUCACGGCGUGCCGCGCCGGCGCCGCUGCAUCUGGCGGCUGCAGGUGCCCGAGGGGCGCCGCAUUCGCCUGGAGACCGCGGACUGGCAGCUGCCGCCGGCGGCGCGCAGCGCGCGCGGCUGCCGCUCUUGGCUGACGGUUCGUGUUGGAUGGAAAGGCGCCUCGUCUCCCCAUCUGAACUUCACGGAGAGCGCCUACUUCUACUGUGCGCCGGACGCACCUCCUGUGAUCAACUCCACCGGCAAUCAGAUGACCAUCAUCUUCUCUUCGCGCGUCGGCAGCACCUCGGCGAGAGGGUUCGGAUUGCGCUACUCGUCGACACGAGCCGUGUGCGGCGGAGCGAUAACCAGCGCGCCCGGCUCCCUGGCGUCGCCCCAGUACCCGCUGCCGUUCGGAAGCCCUGCAGAGUGUCGCUGGCAGCUGACCCUGCCCAGCGUGGCCAACGCCAGCACGCUCGUCACCUUCAACGCCUUCUCGCUGCCCGACUUUGGCGAAUGUUUGCAUCUGAGUCUCCGCGUGAAGCCAGAUGAGCUGGGUGAGACUACCGAAGUCGUCUGUGGAAACACAACAGUUCCUCCACCGCUCCACAUCCCGUUCACAGAUUUUCAGCUGACAUAUGCGUCCCCAGGAGAGCCCUGGACAUCAUUCUUCAGCCUGACGUAUGCCGUGAAGCCGUGCGGAGGCCUGGUCAGCGGACCGGGGCAGCGCAUCUACUCGCCCGGCUAUCCGUCUGAUUACCCCAACGGCAUGGACUGCGCCUGGCUGGUCGAGUUCGAGCACCAGCAGACGGCUCGGGUGCGGUUCGCCUGGGUUGACCUCGGCCCGGGUGAUUACGUGUCGGUGCUGAACGGGCCGGGCUCGACGUCGCCACAGCUGCGCCGACUGACCGGCUCCUCCACGGCGGCGGUGGCACUGCACGGCCAGUCCAGCCGUCUGCUGGUGGUGUUCCACAGCGACAGCUCCGGCCAACACCGCGGCUUCCAGGCCGAGACCGAGUCAGGGUGCGGAGGCGUGUACCACACAAUGGAGGGCGCUGUGGAGUCUCCCGAGUUCCCGGCUGACUACGCAGCCUCCAUUGAGUGCGAGUGGGAGGUGCGCGCGCAGCCGGGCUACCGACUCCAGCUCCGCUUCGUCCAGAAGUUCGACCUGGAGACCAGCGAGGGAUGCCAGAAUGACUUCGUGCAGGUCUGGGAGCAAGUGUCUGCAGAGUAUAGAUCGCUGGGACGAUUCUGCGGAAAGCAAUUCCCUCCACUGAUAACAAGCACCCGAAACAUUCUGAAAAUACGAUUUACGACGAAUAGUAACAACCACAAUGGGAAUGGUUUUAAGGCCCAAUGGAGCGCGAUCUGUGGAGAGGACUUUACGGGUGAAAGUGGUGAAUUCAGCUCGCCUGGCUAUCCUAAUGGCUACAAGAACAAUUUAGACUGCGUGUAUCGCAUCUUGACAAUGCCCCAGGACUACGUGACUCUGAACUUUGUCGGUCCGUUCUUCUUGGAAGACGCGGACGGCUGUCGGUACGACAACCUGACCGUGUUCGAGGGCAACAGCACGGCCGGCACGGCGAGGCUGAGCGCGUGCGGCGACCGGCGGCCGGCCCGGCUCAGCGUGCGCGGCCCGCUCACACUGCGAUUCCGCACCGACUUCUCCAUCGUCGGCGCCGGCUGGCACGCCCAGUACACCGUGUCAGCCUGUGGUGGUCAGAUUACUGAGCCAGGCAUCAUACAGUCACCCAGUCAUCCGACGGAAGUACCACCGCAGCGCCAACUGUUUGUCUACAUGGACCUAGAGGGUGGCACGGGUUGUCCAUAUGACUCGGUGAGCGUCUUUGACGACCGGUGGACCAACCCGGAGGAGCAGGUGGACAAGUUCUGCGGGAACAUGACCACGAGCCCGCCUCACUCGGGCUGCGGCGGCGAGCUGACCGUCUCCGGCUCGGGGCAGCAGACGCUGCGUUCGCCCGACACCGACGGCGACGGCGGCUACGAGGACGACCUAGACUGUCGCUGGCUGCUGCGCGGCGACGAGGGCCGCGUGCUGCGCUUCACCGUCCACCAGCCGUUUAACGUCGAGGUCAACGGCUCCAGCUCGGCCGCCUGCCCCUAUGACUACCUGGAGGUACGUGACGGCCUGAGUCCGGCGGCACCGCUGGUGGACCGCUACUGCGGUACACAGCUGCCGCCGGCCAUCACUGCCUCCUCCAGCCGGCUGUACGUGCGCUUCUACUCAGACAGGGAGAUCCAUCGUUCCGGAUUCACAGCCACCGUCACGAACGUCGACUCUGUGUGCGGCCGGACCACCCUGGCGGCUACCGAGACGGUGCAGAUCCUUCAGAGCCCCGGCCACCCCGCCCAGUAUCCGGCCAACCUACUCUGCGUCUGGACCAUCGCGGCCACCCGGUACCAGACGGUCCAGCUGCACUUGACGGCGUUGCAGAUCGCCGGCGGGCCCGGCUGCGCCCGGGACCGGCUCACGGUGGAGAGGAUCGAUCAGCACCCCGCCCAGUACCGCCAAGACGGGACAUACUCGCACUAUUGGGGCUGGGUGGGGGACACCUACUGCGGCACCACCGUACCGGCCACCAUCUACUCUCCCGGCGGCAGCGUGCGCGUCCAGUUCACCUCGGACAGCACCGACCAGAUGACCGGCUUCCGGCUGGAGUACUCGCUUGCACCAUGUAACCGGACAUACACGGCUGCGUACGGCACCAUCGGCUCAGCCUGGGAGAGCACGGGCACCAGCUCGCGCACCUGUCACAUGCUCAUCCAGGCGCCGGAGGGCAGCGUCAUCACCGCCAACCUCUUCAGGAUCGAGACGACCUACUCGAACGCCGCCAACAGCUGCGACCGGCUGCACCUGCAGCUGCUAGAUGGAAACUCAAGAAGUUCGCCCCAGCUGAACCAGGCUUGCGAGAGCCUGUAUACACCAAUCAGCGUUGUGUCUUCGGGCAACCACCUGCUGCUUCGCGUGACAGCAUCGCAAACAUACAAAUUAUUCGCGAACUACUUUGUUUCUGACGUUGGAGCCCAGUGUGGCGGCACGUUCCACGGCAUGUUCACGACAGUGAUCAGCCCAGGCUACCCGGGCAACUACUCCAGGGAGUCGGUGUGCCGGUGGUCUCUCUCCGUGCCGCCGCCAUACAAGCUCGGGCUGUACUUCUCAGGCGCCGUGGACUUUGGCUCGAGAGUGGGCGGCUGCAACUCGACCUACCUGUCCGUGUUCUCGGUGGGCUCGUCUGGAGAGAGGUCCCUCGUGACGACACACUGCGGCCAGACGGGUCGGCUGGCGAACUUCAUUGCUCAGACAAACGCGGUCGUGUUGGAGUACCACACAGACCGAGGCACCACAGGCAACGGCUGGCGGCUCAACAUGCACGCCGUCCAAUACGAGCCACCAACCGACACACUCCACGUGAGAGACAACCUCACGUGAACAGAACACGAACCACUCAGCUCGUGUCGCACCUGCGUGAGCGUCGUUUUUGCUGUGCUUCCACUUUAUCAAUGUGCUUAUAGCGACGGGUUGCAUUGCAAAUACAUGUCUUACAGUGU